GUAUUGUCCCUUUUCAAGUAAUCUGUAUAACUGGAAAGCUCAGAACCCCCCUUUUUCUGAAGACCCAAGGGGUCUAACAGACUUAUUUGAGUCUGUCAUGCAUACACAUAACCCCACCUGGGACGAUUGUCAGCAGCUCCUUAAGACCUUGUUCACUACUGAAGAGCGCGAGCGAAUCCUCACCAAGGCCAGAAAGAAUGUCCCCAGCGUCAAAGGACGGCCGACAACCUUGCCGAACCUGAUCAAGCGCUUCCCCCUGAAUAGACCGGAUUGGGACUUUGGGAACGCAGAAGUUGCAGCAGGAUGGCCCCCAUGUCUAAGGAUCAUCGCCGCAGUGGCCCUAAUGGUAAAAGACGCAGACAAACUCACCUUUGGGCAGCAUCUAAAGGUGGUAACUCCUCAUGCGAUCGAGGGAGUCCUGAAGCACCCCCCUGCCACCCUUCUGCUGACCCCAGAUCUAGAGGUCCCCCUGCAUGAAUGCCAAGAAAUCCUGGCAGAGCUCACCCAGGUGCACCCUGACCUCCAGGACGUCGCCCUCCCCAACAGUGAGUUGGUAUGGUACACUGGCGGAAGCAGCUUCAUCAUGGACGGGAUGCGAAGGGCAGGCAUGGCAGUAGUAGACCAAGACGGGAAUGUCAUCUGGAGUGCCUCGCUUCCCCUGGGGACCUCAGCCCAAAAAGCUGAACUGAUUGCGCUGGCAGAGGCGCUAGAAUGAGCUGAAGAGAGACGGGUGACUGU